AUGUCUGGCACAGCCACUGUGCUGCAACAAUUUGUCAGUGGCCUGAAGAGUCGAAAUGAAGACACAAGAGCAAAAUCUGCGAAAGAUCUCCAGCACUAUGUGACGACAGAGCUCAGAGAGGUACUACUAGCUAGUUACAGUCUGAACUGUACUGUAGCAGCAACGCUUGCAUAACAAUGCAACACUUUCACAAACUCUCCUUAUUUAACUACACACUCUCUCUGGAAUGUUUUAUGUUUCCUACAACAUCAUUGUCAUACCUUUAGUCUACCUGUGCCUCUUGUUAUUGGCUACUAUGAACAGUCAUGAGUUACAUGCAGUCAGUGGGGUUUAUCCAGUAUGGUUUUGUCUGAUUGUGAUGUGUACCUGCAUUCUGUCCUAAGUUGAGCCAAGAUGAAGCCACCACUUUCUACGAUGAACUGAAUCAUCAUAUUUUUGAGCUGGUUUCCAGCUCCGAUGUGAAUGAGAAAAAAGGAGGGAUUCUUGCUAUAGGUAAGUCAGAUGAUUUGCCUCAACAAUGACAAAACUUGGCACAAAUUAAUUGCAAGGUCUAAGACACUAAAUAAAGCUUUGUUCCAUUUGUUGGGAGUUUACAUUACUCCUGUCUACACACAAAUGAAGCUGACCCAAUCCAUGUCACUGACUCGUCUAUUUGCUCCAGUGAGUCUGAUUGGAGUUGAAGGAGGCAAUGCCACCCGAAUCAGCCGCUUCGCCAACUACCUCCGCAACCUGCUGCCCUCCAGUGACUCGGUGGUCAUGGAGAUGGCCUCCAAGGCCAUGGGCCACCUGUCCAUGGCGGGGGACACCUUCACCGCCGAGUAUGUGGAGUUUGAGGUGAAGAGGGCACUGGAGUGGCUGGGCGCCGACAGGAACGAGGGAAGGCGCCAUGCUGCGGUUAGUGUGACACACACAGCUAGCCUGCUGUUUGUUUUGUCAACCACUAUAGGAUGAAACUGCAGGUGGUUGCAUUUUCUACCAAUGUGGGCUAAAGCACUUAUCAGGACAAGCCCACAGCCUUGCUCUGCUUUAGGGGCUAGCAUAGUGGCUUCUAGCUUAACUACCCCUUUCACCAUCCCUAAUAACUAUUAAUGAUGGUGAAAGGAGUAGUAAUAACACUGUUAGAACCGUUUUUUUUGUUGCUUUCCUUUCAGUAAAAAGCUUUUAAUUUCAUAUGUAAACCAGCACAAGAUGAGGACUAUGAGUUUGAAAAUGUCCCCUUUUUUUAUUCUUACUUUACAGGUUCUUGUCCUAAGGGAGUUGGCCGUCAGCGCACCCACCUUUUUCUUCCAGCAAGUCCAGCCCUUUUUCGACAACAUCUUCUAUGCGGUGUGGGACCAGAAGCAGGCCAUCCGCGAAGGGGCUGUGGCCGCUCUAAGGGCCUGCCUCAUCCUCACCACCCAACGAGAGACCAAGGAGAUGCAGAAACCACAGUGGUACAAAGUAGGUCCCUCACAAUCAAUAUCUAAUUUGUUUAACAUUUUCUAAAACCAUAGUGGUACAAAGUAUGUCACUCACAAUCAACAUUUGAAUAGUUAUUUUCUUCAUAUCAUGAGCCAUCAUUUUAACAUAUUUCACCCAGUUGCAAUGAAAGCACUCAUUAUUUGUUUUAUGUGUGUCCUUCACCACAGCAAACCUUUGAGGAGGCUGAGAAAGGCUUUGAUGAGACCUUGUCCAAAGAGAAGGGUAUGAACCGUGACGAUAGGGUCCACGGCGCCCUCCUCAUCCUCAACGAACUGGUCCGCAUCAGCAGUAUGGAAGGAGAGGUGAGCCCCUCUCUGAACCACAAAGCACAAGCACUACAGGUCACAGAGGACAACAACCUUGUCCAUUGCUUCCCAUGGCCAAAAGAAUGAGCAACUCAUAGGCCCUAAACCUUUGGUCACGGAAGUGGUAAAUAAUAUGGUGAUGGCUUUACUGCAUCAGGCUCAAGAGAGCUUCUGCCAUGUGCUCAUACAUAUCCAGUUUAUUCAGAUCUGCAAACUCUGAACAAACACUGCCUAGGGGAAGCAUAGCACCUAUGUAUUGCUUUCAGACUGUGUCUCAACGUCCUCUUAAUGUCUUCUUCCCUGGCAGCGCAUGCGGGAGGAGAUGGAGGAGAUCACCCAGCAGCAGCUGGUCCACGACAAGUACUGCAAGGAGCUGAUGGGCUUCGGCACCAAGCCACGUCACAUCACCCCCUUCACUAGCUUUCAGUCGGUGCAGCCGCAGCAGUCCAAUGCGCUGCUGGGCCUCCUGGGCUACAGCACACCCCAGGGCUUCCUCAGCUUCGGGGCCACGCCGGUGCCCGCCAAGAGCUCCCUGGUGGAGAGCCGCUACUGCCGCGAGCUCAUGGAGGAGCGCUUUGACCAGGUGCCGUUAUUCUUUUGUACUUCCUAGUGGAGGGUUGAAAACCCACUUUGAGGGUUGAGUCCUGACAGAUCUCAGGUUCUCAAUCUGAGGUCUGUGAAGGGGAACUAGUCGCUUGGAUGUUGCUGACCGUUCCCUCAGAUAGUUGUCGGACUCUGACACCUAUUUAGUCAGUGUUCAAGGGUUCGUUUCAGUGUUCUGUAAGUGGUGGAGAACCAUAGCUUGCCAGUUGUUGAUACAAAAAAUGAACACUGGUGUAGCACAUACUUUUAUAUGCCAGAGGCUGCGUUUGCACAGGCAGCCCAGUUUUGAUUUUUUGCCCAAUUAUGAGCAAAAGAUCUGAUCUGAAAAGUCAAAUGAGUGGCAACAAAUUUGGAGUUAGGCUGCCUGUGUAACUAGCCUGAGGUUUGAGUUGUGUCGGAUGUAACGACAGCUGCUGUGUGUGUCUUCCUCAGGUGUGCCGCUGGGUGCUGAAGUACAGGACCAGCAAGAACCCUCUGAUCCAGAUGACCAUUCUCAACCUUCUGCCGCGCCUCGCCGCUUUCCAGCCACACACCUUUACAGGUCAGAAAGGAGCCUCACAUGCAGUAUCCCUGCUAGAUAUGGAUCCAAUAUUUUUUUAAGCGCUUGAUUUUGAAACUAGAUUAGUCAGGCUAACAAAGUUGAAGUGAAUCAAUUUACCUGUAUGAAACAUUUUGAGAGAGAUGCAUGAUUGAAUUCUGUUAUUAAGUCAUAUUUCCUCAUUUAGAAAAAGUAUUGGUGGCUGCUCAAGUUAAAAAUAGGCUUUAAUACUUUGAAAGAAAGUUGUGUUCAUUCUUAAAAUAAAAGGUUAUACCAUUCACUGGUUUUAUACCAUUAGAUAAUUUAUUUGCGUGUGGAUGUUCGUAAUUUCUCUCGAUUCUAACUUUUCUCGACUUUGACCAGUUGAAGUUUGCCCCCUCCCAGACCAGUACCUCGCCGACACAAUGGGCUACCUGCUUGGCUGUCUGAAGAAGGAGAAGGAGCGCACGGCGGCCUUCCAGGCCCUGGGGCUGCUGGUGGUGGCAGUGCGCACUGAGAUCCAGCCCUACCUCACCAAGAUUCUGGAGAUCAUCAAGGCUGCGCUGCCCCCCAAGGACUUCGCUCACAAGUAAAUUAGAUUGACUUUAUAGAAGUGACUUUGUUUCUGAAGUGAUGUUCAUACUCAAAUCACUGAAAUGUCCCCCUGAAAUCGGUGUUAUAGUUUAGUUGAUUCAUACUUGAAAAAGGGUUAAAGUUUGAAAUUCGUCAUGUAAAGAUAAUACAGAUCAAUAUAUACUGUGUGCUGAACUUUAUUUUUCUAACACGUGUGUGUGUAGGAGACAGAAGACCAUGCAGGUGGAUGCCACAGUGUUCACCUGUAUCAGUAUGCUGUCCAGAGCCAUGGGCCCCAGCAUCCAGCAGGACAUCAAGGAGCUGCUGGAGCCCAUGCUGGCCGUGGGACUCAGGUAGAGCUCAUGACUACACCUCUCAUUCCCAUCCAUUGUUCUCCAUGCUUUGUGUAGGCAGGACUGGCCUCCGUAUCCCAAAUAUCCAUCCAAAAGAGGAAAGUGUUGCUGCCCGACAGAUGCCAGGCAGAUGUGGAUGUGGCUUUGAGGCCUUGUGUGUGUGUGUGUGUGUUUGUGGAAAAGAUGACAGACCUGGAUGUGGUAUUGAGUGUAUUUUGUGUAUGCUUUGGAUGUGUGCCUGCCUAUACGUGAGCACUUCCUGGUAUGAUGAAAUGUCUCCAUAACAAUCCACCAUUGUCUCCUCCUGUAGCCCGGCCCUGACGGCAGUGCUCUACGACCUGAGUAGGCAGAUCCCCCAGCUAAAGAAAGACAUCCAGGACGGCCUGCUGAAGAUGCUCUCCCUGGUGCUCAUGCACAAGCCCCUGCGCCACCCGGGCAUGCCCAAGGGCCUGGCGCAACAGCUGGCAUCGCCCAGCCUCACCAACAUCCCAGAGGCCAGCGACGUGGGCAGCAUCACCCUGGCACUCAGGACACUGGGCAGCUUUGAGUUUGAAGGUGAGAUGCUUUAAGGCCACUACUGAGAAGAAUGCAUGUUGAAUGUUAAAAUGAUUUUAUUGAAGCUAUUCUCUCUCAGUGCAAUGUUAAUCUAGCAUUUGCUUGAAGUGGCUCCACAAGGGAACGUACGUUCAGUAUCAAAUGGUCCAAUAAUCAGUGACUUUAACUGGAGGUUUGAAACAUAACAUUUUCCCUUUUGAUGUCAUUGGGCCAAGUGAGCAGCAACACUGAACGUCUCCCUCCUGAGUACAAGUACUGCCUGUGGUCAACUUGUCACUGUAAGUUAGCUCGCUAAGCUAGCUAGCAACAUUAGCUUACCUGGCUAGUUGUAACAGCAUAAGCAGCUGAAUUAGCUAUCAAGCCAUCGUUUCCCCUUCUGCAAAUAAAAUGUGAAGGUGAGGAGGCUGCAGCUACAAUGACACGUUCGCUAACAACGUUAUCAGUGACAGCUGCUGUGUACAUUAGUGACCUCCCUCCAUUUCCCAGUCUGCUUUCUUCCAUUUGGUGCCAAAGGAAUUAGACCCUGACUUUCUCACCUCUCCUUCCUGUCCACAGGCCACUCGCUGACCCAGUUUGUGCGCCACUGCGCCGACCACUUCCUCAACAGCGAGCACAAGGAGAUCCGCAUGGAGGCGGCGCGCACCUGCUCCCGCCUGCUGACGCCCUCCAUCCACCUGAUCACCGGCCAUGGCCACGUGGUCAGCCAGACGGCCGUGCAGGUGGUGGCCGACGUGCUCAGCAAGCUGCUGGUAGUGGGCAUCACAGAUCCAGGUUGGUUGUAAGGGUGUUGGUGGUGGUGAUGAUGAUAGGUUCAAAUAGCCAGAAUGCCUAGGCACUCAUGGGUUCGCUACUUUUCCCCCAACCCGUUUAGUAUUUUGUCACUUUAUUUAGACAGCUUGAAAGGAGAUAGGAUACAGAGAAAGGAAAACAGCAUGAGUCUCACCCUCUCUCUCUUCUCUCUUUCUGUCCCUACCUACUUACCUCCCCCCUCAGACCCAGAUAUCCGCUACUGUGUGCUGGCCUCUCUGGACGAGCGCUUCGACGCCCACUUGGCGCAGGCGGAGAACCUGCAGGCGCUGUUUGUGGCGCUGAACGACGAGGUGUUUGAGAUCAGGGAACUGGCCAUCUGCACCAUCGGACGCCUCAGCAGUAUGAACCCCGCCUUCGUCAUGCCCUUCCUGCGCAAGAUGCUCAUCCAGGUAACACAAGCAGUAGACUUGUCUUAUUUGAGUCAUUUUACCCAUUUACCAGAUAAGUUGAAUGAGAACAGAAUCUAAUUUACAGAAACUAUAAACAGAAAUUACUUAUUUCACAUGUAGGUUAUUUUGUGUAUUUCUGUGCAAGAUGUAUUGAAAGACAACAAAAGGCAUGUCAGAAAAACCCACAUAGCUUGGUGUUAAAGGGAAUACUUGGCAAUGACUGGAAGUCUUUGGGUGUCUAGAAUGUUAGUAGAUACCCAUAGACUUGUGCUAACGCUAGUUAGCAUUGGCUCGCGAAACUACCUCUAACUUCCUUCAUACUGGAAACAGAGACAUAAAAAUGUGUUCAUCUGACUCUGGGGGAGUAGAUAAAAUCCUGAAGUAUCCCUUUAAAUAAUAUGUUGUUUUCAUCUGUUGUUGGUAUAAUGUAGCUUUGUGUGUUUUACCCGAGAUGCUAGUAAUUCCUGGGUGAGUGUAAGUGGUGGACCUGCCAUUUCAAUAACACACCAGCAGAUGGUAGCCAAGUUAAUGUUUCACGAUGUGGCUUCAAUUACAAAUGUCAGACUAUGUUGAACUAUGCUAAACUAUGGUGUGGGUUUUUCUACCUUUUUGAAAGGAAUUGGCAUUGCAAUCGCAUUUAGUUUUUAAACAGGAUGUUUUAUUCAUUAAUUCAAGUUAAACACAUCUAUUUCCUUCAUCAUAAUGGCUGCUAAACUAUGGUGUGUGUUUCUGCCUGUUCCAGAUUCUGACUGAGCUGGAACACAGUGGCGUGGGCAGGAACAAGGAGCAGAGUGCCCGCAUGCUGGGUCACCUGGUGUCCAACGCCCCCCGCCUCAUACGCCCAUACAUGGAGCCCAUCCUAAAGGUACCUACCAUAACGUAACGUCUUUGUAACGUGUUACAACAUAUUUGUGACAACUAUGUAACUUACUGAAAGUAAGAUACUGGAUAUAUAGAUUCCAACCUAAAUGUACUGCUGUCAGAAGUGCCCCUAAGCAUCCUGUAAUAUCUUGAGAAUAUUUUCCUAAUUCAAAUUAACGUACUUUUAAAUUAACCAUUUAUUUGUAUUAGAAAUGAUUCAAAUGAUUCAAUUUACUGUUGGCUCUAAGCUCCUCUUCUCUUCUGUUUCAGGCCCUGAUCCUGAAGCUUAAAGACCCAGACCCCAACCCUGGGGUGGUCAUCAGCGUCCUGGCCACUAUUGGAGAGUUGGCUCAGGUAAGGAUCCCUUUUUAACCCUGUGACCCUACCAGUAAAUGCUAGUGACAUUCAGUGUAUCGUUUUUCAAUGUUUAGUGUAUUCUACACUCUUGUAUUUUAUGUGCCUAUGUAUUCUCUAUGCCUUUGUGUCUGCACAAUUUACCUGUGUCUGCCGAUGGUGGCCAACUUAACUUUCUCCUAUGGGAAUCAACCAUGUAUAUCCCAUUCAUUUCAGUAGUGUUCACUGUGCCUGCUCACUCUCUCUGCUCAGGUGAACUGCUGGACUCCCCAGAAGGUUGAGGAAGUGAGAGUUGUUAGGGGCAGGCUGGCCCUGCAGCGCAGAGGGAGUGCAGGAGAUGCCAGAGUAGGGCUGAUGACAGUUUGUGCUGAGGCAGUGCCAGGACAGGUAGAGACCAUCAGGUUCCCCCAAAGAGCCAGUCUGAGGAAAAAGACUGAACAGGAUUGUGUGAAUUCUCAAUAUGUUAGGGUCGUGUUCAGUAGGGCACACCAUAGCAAAAUGUAUUGAAACAGAAAAGAAAACCAAGUGUGUCUUAUUGGACAAGUUCAGAUCAAGUAUGUGUAUAAACCCUGGAUGACUGACAGGGGGUGCUGUAUUGAAGCCACUGCGCAGCCAUGUUGGUACUCCUCCAUCAUGGGGCACUCUGUUCAUAAUGUUGACAUCAGCAAACCGCUCGCCCACACAACGCCAUACACGUGGUCUGCGGCUGUGAGGCCAGUUGGACGUACUGCCAAAUUUGCCAAAACGACAAUGGAGGCGGCUUAUGGUAGAGAAAUUAAUAUUACAUUUUCAGGCAAUAUCUCAGGUGGACAUUCCUGCAGUCAGCAUGCCAAUUGCAUGCUCCCUCAACUUGAGACAUCUGUGGCAUUGUGUUGUGUGACAAAACUGCACAUUUUUGUGGCCUUUUAUUGUCCCCAGUACAAGGUGCACCUGUGUAAUGAUCAUGUUUUUUAGUCAGCUUCUUGAUAUGCCACACCUGCUCACUAAGAGGGAUGUAAACAGAUUUGUACACAACAUUUGAGAGAAAUAAGGUUUUUGUGCGAUUGGAAAACUUCUGUGAUCUUUUAUUUAAUCUCAUGAAACAUGGGACCAACACUUUACAUGUUGUGUUUAUAUUUUUGUUCCGUGUAUAUUAUGUGAGCUAAACAUGAAAAUAUAAAAACAUUUUCCUUAAAGUAUUUUCUUUAGAAAGUAUGUACUAAUGUUACUGUCCCCACUACAACAAAAAAUACUUAAAUACAUGUCAUUUUGUCCUUGAAACAUUGAAUUGAAAUUCCAUUUGGAGGACUGCUCCUACUGGGGAGUGCCAAUAUGGCUGACCGGUGGCUUCAAAGCCUCUCAAUCACAGGAGGUUGGUGGUACUUUAAUUGGGGAGAACGGGCUAAUUAAAAUACUGUAGAAUUCCAUUCAUUCCUAUGGAGGACUGCUCCUACUUGUGAGUGCCAAUAUGACUGACCGGUGGCUUCAAAGCCUCUCAAUGGCCAAUACAUAGUGUCAGCAAUCCAGGGUUUAUAUACAUCAUUGGUUCAGAUGGUGCCUCCCCGUUUCAAAAUGUUUUCUCCCUACUGAACACAACCCAUGGCCAGGCUACGACAGUGGUAAACAUCCAAGAGUACGUGUAUAGUGUAGUGUAUAAACUGGAUUACGUAAGGAAUAUGCAAAGGAUUUGUGAAUUGUGAAUAUUACAAGCUGAGUGGAUCAAAACUGAAAUACGAGACUGAGUACAGUAAGUUGUGAAUCUGAUAGGUGAAGUGAAAUGCGGGGUUACUAUAGAUUAGAUAUACAAGGAUAGCUGGGAGACAUAACAGUAGGCCUCUUUGCACCAGAGAGGUGAGUUCUGAUUGGUUGUUGUCACGGCCCGCCAGGUGAGCGGGCUGGAGAUGAGGAAGUGGAUGGACGAGCUCUUCCCCAUCAUCAUGGACAUGCUCCAGGACUCCUCCUCAUUGGCCAAGAGACAGGUAUAUAUGCACGAUUUUAUAGGUACAACUUUGGGAGGUGACAGGCUUGUUCACCAAGUAUCAUUGAUAUCUUCAAUUGCAAGCCUUUCCCCCAAGCAUGUCUGGUCAUGUCCAAGUGUUAAUAUUAAAUGUCCCUGCUUUCAAAAGGACUAUUUUGUAUUUUCCAUACAAUCCAUAUCUUUAUACAUGUUAUGGUACUAUUUGCCAUCAGAGUCUUUGUGAUUUGAUUACAUUGUCGUGGUAGUAACACAUCUCGUUUCCACCAGGUGGCGCUGUGGACUUUGGGCCAGCAGGUUGCUAGCACGGGAUACGUGGUGGAGCCCUACCGCAAGUACCCCUCUCUUCUGGAGGUGCUGCUCAACUUCCUCAAGACGGAGCAGAACCAGGGUAUCAGAAGAGAGGUACCAUUCAUUAUCCAUUUGGGCUUUUCCCCUCACAGUUUUAUAGUUGCAAUGAUUAAACUGGUAACACCUUGAAUUACAUCUCAGAAUGACACUUCUUGUUAAGAAUUAUAUGGAAUUACGCUUUAUAAGGUUAGCUUUUCCAAAACCUCGUGCCCUGAUGUAAGUGAUGUGUAAACUUUUCUCCCCCACCUCACGUUUCACUGUUAUGUCACAUGUGCUGUCUAUUGACAUACAUAAUAUGUUCCAUUUAAUUAUGUUGCUUUGUCUGCCAGGCUAUCCGUGUACUGGGCUUGCUGGGAGCCCUGGACCCCUACAAGCACAAGGUGAACAUCGGCAUGAUCGACCAGUCACGAGACGCCUCUGCCGUCAGCCUCUCCGAGUCCAAGUCCAGCCAGGACUCUGGUGAGCACCCACCGCCAUUUUCAACACCUCUCUCACAUGCACACGCACUCUCACACACACAUACACACACACCUGACAUGUGGCUGCCUCUCCCCAGAGUGGAUUAGCAGUGGAAAACAUUGCGUUUAUACACAAAUACGUGCAAAUAUUCACAUAUGCACACUAGCUUUUGUGUUGGUGGCUGGAGUUCACCGCGGUGUUACCGCUACACUAGAGAAAAGUUAUUUACGUUUUCAAUUACAAAAGGUGCUGGUUCUGGCUGCCACGAGUACCCAGUCUCAGCUAUGAGUUAAGCCAACAAAGGGCCAUAUCCACUGACUGACUUUGUCACUGGAGGCUGCUGCUUAUAGGGCAUCGCUUAGGCCUAGCAAUGUCAACAGAAUGAAUGUAUUGGUUGGCUUUACAACCUGCCCAUGUGUCUUUGUAUGUCUGCACACUUUCUGUCUGAACCAAAACAUCCAACACAGGGAGGCUGACCUCAGUUCAGACAGAAAAUGAUCAAGCUAAGUGCUUUGGGACCUGUUGAAGUAGGGAUAUCUGCCCCCCCCCCCCAAAAAAAAAAUGCAGCGUCAUACAAUAUAAUACAGUUGAGUCAUCAUCUUAUAGUCAUUGUAAAAUCAUUUACAAUGCUUCAUUAACAAGUGUAGUAGACUACUGAGAUGGUAUUCAAUAAAUAAGUUGGUACAUGUAACAUGUCCAAGCAGGAAAUAUUUGGAUAUGCAACCUAAUCCAGUGAUUGUCAUGAAUUUUGGGUUGACAAUUAGGCAAUUUCUUUUGCUAUAUUUUACUGUCAAAAUAGGGCUCAGAAUUUUCAGAUUUUUUUGUUCAAUAGAGAUGAAUUUGUCUUAAUCUUUAUGUGCACUAAUAUUAUAUACAGGCCUAAUUCAAUUGGUGCUAGAUCGCUAACUAAAUAUAACACCUACUGCUAGUAACCAUGUAUGAAUCUAACAGUAAAUGAAUUGUCCUAAAAAAACUUUGCAAUGAGCCCUAGUGCACUUGAGAUGGCCGAUGCGCAAUGUCGCGCGCUCCGUAUUUCAAAGCCAUAUCAGAUAUCAUGAUUGUAAAACUGUGUGCUUUGAGCUCGAUAAUUAUACCUACAGAAAGCUGAGAGACUCCUCUCUUUUAAUAUGGACAACUAGUCUCUUCCAGAGCAGUUUUUCCCCCGCAAUUGUAUUUUGAAAUGUUAUACAAUCACAAGGGGCACUAAAGGGGAGACCGAGCGUGUGAGAGGCUCGUUCUUUACAGCAGCUGACCACAGCGAAACAGGCAGGCACAGUGGAUAAUGAGGAUAAUGCACUUUACUGUUUAACAAAUUCAUGGUUUUAUCCAGCAAAAAAAUAGGACGUUUUGAUUGAGUUGACCAGGUAGAAUGUGCAGCUUGCACCAGUGCGAAAAAUAAAAAAUGUAACUUCCACAGCCAAGUUAAAAGGUCGCAAAAUGUGACUAAAUGGUCGCAGUCUGGAGCCCUGCUCAUCAAAACUGACCCACAUAUUAGACCCUAAGGCUUGGAGUCCACCAGGCGUCAGCCUACACAACAGAGACUUUACCGUAAAUCCUGAUGUAUAUGACUUUGUAAUGAUUUUAGAGGAAUUUGGUUGAUUUUUAUAUGACCUAACGGUCCACGCACUGGCGAGACCAACGCCUUGACGUCAUUUUGGUCACAGGAUUAGGCUACACCGUCCACUGGAGAUUACAAGUGAACGUUUUGCUCAUAUUUAUGUAUAUUACAUUUGUACAUUAUAUCCAUACCAUAAAUCACUAAUCUUUCUCAUGAAUGCAGGUAGGGAUUUUAUUCCGUGUUUUAGACUGGGUCCCCGAGGCAUAUUCAUGCUUUGACAGAGUCCUCGAAGAUAUUUCCAUGUUAAUGUCAAAUUACAUCAUUGAGUUCACACAAGGCUACACAUCUGAUAAUACAAUGUGCAGUCUCCUGUGGCGCUAUCUUUUUCGUCAGUCCAGAGAAAAACAGCUUGCAAAAAUGACAGAAUGAAGAAAAAUUAAAAUCCAACAUUGAGCAACUUUUAAACAACUUUGUCAUAUGUGAAUCAAUUUACCAGAAGCAUUGUAAGAAAAUGCAUGGAAAAUGUCAAUAAGGAGCUACGCUGUGACUGCUCUGUGGAAGGUAAUAGCUUUAGCAGUUUGGCCUGCUAAUGUGGCUCAGUCUGGAAUUGAAGCUAUCUCUCUCCAAGGUAGGAUAUGGUUAAAGUCAGGGUCAGUGUCUGGAGCAGCAAUAGGACGCGUUCCACAGCUAAGGCGCGGCGACGCAACAACCAAUGGUUGCUUUCCACGUCAUCGACUGACAAAUUGCUAUAACAUUUGAUAUGGUUAGCUGAUACUUAAAAUACCUACAGUUGAAGUCGGAAGUUUACAUACACCUUAGCCAAAUACAUUUAAACUCAGUUUUUCACAAUUCCUGACAUUUUAAUCCUAGUAAAAAUUCCCUGUCUUAGGUCAGUUAGAUCACCACUUUAUUUUAAGUAUGUGAAAUGUCAGAAUAAUAGUAGAGAGAACGAUUUAUUUCAGCUUUUAUUUCUUUCAUCACAUUCCCAGUGGGUCAGAAGUUUACAUACACUCAAUUAGUAUUUGGUAGCAUUGCCUUUAAAUUGUUUAACUUGGGUCAAACGUUUUGGGUAGCCUUCAAUAAGCUUCCCACAAUAAGUUGGGUGAAUUUUGGCCCAUUCCUCCUGACAGAGCUGGUGGAACUGAGUCAGGUUUGUAGGCCUCCUUGCUCGCACACGCUUUUUCAGUUCUGCCCACUAAUUUGCUAUAGGAUUGAGGUCAGGGCUUUGUGAUGGCCACUCCAGUACGUUGACUUUGUUGUCCUUAAGCCAUUUUGCCACAACUUUGGAAGUAUGCUUGGGGUCAUUGUCCAUUUGGAAGACCCAUUUGCGACCAAGCUUUAACUUCCUGACUGAUGUCUUGAGAUGUUGCUUCAAUAAAUCCACAUCAUUUUCCUUCCUCAUGAUGCCAUCUAUUUUGUGAAGUGCACCAGUCCCUCCUGCAGCAAAGCACCCCCACAGCAUGAUGCUGCCACCCCCGUGCUUCACAGGUGGGUUGGUGUUCUUCGGCUUGCAAGCAUCCCCCUUUUUCCUCCAAACAUAACAAUGGUCAUUAUGGCCAAACAGUUCUAUUUUUGUUUCAUCAGACCAGAGGACAUUUCUCCAAAAAGUACGAUCUUUCUCCCCAUGUGCAGUUGCAAACUGUAGUCUGGCUUUUUUAUGGCGGUUCCUUGCUGAGCGGCCUUUCAGGUGAUGUCGAUAUAGGACUCAUUUUACUGUGGAUAUAGAUACUUUUGUACCUGUUUCCUCCGGCAUCUUCACAAGGUCCUUUGUUGUUCUGGGAUUGAUUUGCACCAAAGUACGUUAGAACGCGUCUCCUUCCUGAGCGGUAUGACGGCUGCGUGGUCCCAUGGUGUUUAUACUUGCGUACUAUUGUUUGUACAGAUGAACGUGGUACCUUCAGGCGUUUGGAAAUUGCUCCCAAGGAUGAACCAGACUUGUGGAGGUCUACAAUUCUUUUUCUGAGGUCUUGACUGAUUUCUUUUGAUUUUCCCAUGAUGUCAAGCAAAGAGGCACUGAGUUUGAAGGUAGGCCUUGAAAUACAUCCACAGGUACAUCUCCAAUUGACUCAAAUUAUGUAAAUUAGCCUAUCAGAAGCUUCUAGAGCCAUGACAUCCUUUUCUGGAAUUUUCCAAGCUGUUUAAAGGCACAGUCAACUUAGUGUAUGUAAACUUCUGACUUCAACUGUAUCAAGGCAUUGUAUCUCAGUUGGUAGAGCAUGACGCUUGCAACGCCAGGGUUGUGGGUUCAUUUCCCACGGGGGGCCAGUAUGAAAAUGUAUGCACUCACUAACUGUAAGUCGCUCUGGAUAAGAGCGUCUGCUAAAUGACAAAAAAAUGUAUAUCUGUCAGGCGUCAGCAACUUCUAAGCUCUGGAAUGCGGCCAUAGUCUCUGGCAGCUGGCUGCUGCUGUGUACUUGGGAGUCCUGCAUGUCCUGCUUAAGUGCUGGAAAGUAAUUGGCAAUGUCAGGGGUCUGUAACUUGUGGCUCCGGAGCCUCAUGUGGCUCCGGAGCCUCAUAGGGCUCCUUAGCUGUCCCUUUGUGACUCCAGUGGUGGGAAGUCAUUAGCUAGGUGCUCCAGACCUCUCUUGAACACAACCACAACCCAGUGAAUACAAUGACCAAGUCAGGCCAAGGGAGUUGGACACCAAGGGCUCAAGAAUGAUAACGGUAUAAUGUAGUAGCAUGCUCAGGGAGAGAUCCGAUUCAAUGCUCCAGUCCCAACAGUACUCUGCACUCUCUGACGCUCUGUAACACACAAACCUAUAUCUGUUUUGUUUGGGGGUGAAAGUUGCUGAUGUAAUUGGUGCCAAGUCUCCAUUGUUCUCUUCAUGUUGUAUUGGGCCUAGUAAUGGCCCUAUGUACUGCACGUGUGGCGAUAGAGAAGCUGGCCUGUCCAAAGGAACACAGGCGUUCUGCCCAGGUGCCCACUUAUUGUGUCUGGCUCUAGACUAGAGCGUUAAAGGGAGGGAAAAGGUAUUAAGAAGUGUGGGACUUGCGUUAAGGGCUGAAACUCAACUCCUACGCUGAGCCAAUGAAACAUUGAAUAUCAGACAUUUCUGUCUCCCUGACUCGCCCGUAAAACCAAACCCUGCUCACUGCAGCAGACAGGGUUGGCCUUGGUCACCUAGGGUCUUGUGAUGCAAUAAUCCAUGGCUUGUGAAACGCUCUGUCUUUGAACAAGUCAAACCUAUUUUCAAAGGUUUGUAAACAAAAUAUCACCUUCAGGCUCAUUAGUGCUUAGCGAUUAGUGCUUUUUGAGGUCGGUUCAUAUAAUUGAAAAAAAUCAGUUUUCAAUUUAAUAUAAAUGUUUGAGGAUACUUCAGUAUUCUGGCAAUGAAGCUCUUUAUCUACUUCCCCAGAGUCAGAUGAACUCGUGGAUACCAUUUUUAUGUCUCUGCGUGCCGUUUGAAGGAAGUUGCUGACUAGCUUUAGCGCAAUGACUGGAAGUCUGUGGUAACUGCUAGCAUGCUAGUAGUUACCAUAGACUUCCAGUCAUUGCCUAACAGUAGUUUGCAUUGGCUCGCAAAACUACCUCUAAAUUCCUUUAUACUGGAUGCAGAGACAUAAAAAUGAGUUAAUCUGACUCUGGGGAAGUACAGUACCUUCAAAAAGUAUUUAGACACCUUGACUUUUUCCACAUUUUGUUACAUUACAGCCUUAUUCUAAAAUUGAUUAAAUAAAUACAAAUCCUCAGCAAUCUACACAUAAUACCCCAUAACGACAAAGCGAAAACAGGUUUUUAGAAAUGUUAGCUAAUUUUAUAAAAAUUCAAAACAGAAAUACCUUAUUUGCAUAAGUAUUCAGACCCUUUGCUAUGAGACUCGAAAUUGAACUCAGGUGCAUCCUGUUUCCAUUGAUCAUCCUUGAGUCCACCUGUGGUAAACAUGAUUUGGAAAGGCACACACCUGUCUAUAUAAGGUCCCACAGUUGACAGUGCAUGUCAGAGCAAAAACCAAGCCAUGAGGUCGAAGGAAUUGUCCGUAGAGCUCCGAGACAGGAUUGUGUCGAGGCACAGAAUUGGGGAAGGGUACCAAAACAUUUCUGCAGCAUUGAAUGUCCCCAAGAACACAGUGGCCUCCAUCAUUCUUAAAUGGAAUAAGUUUGGAAACACCUAGACUCUUCCUAGAGCUGGCUGCCCGGCCAAACUGAGCAAUCGGGGGAGAAGGGCCUUGUUCAGGGAGGUGACCAAGAACCCGAUGGUCACUUUGACAGAGCUCUGGAGUUCCUCUGUGGAGAUGGGAGAACCUUCCACAAGGACAGCCAUCUCUGCAGUACUCCACCAAUCUCGCCUUUAUGGUAGAGUGACCAGACAGAAGCCACUCCUCAGUAAAAUGCAUAUGACAGCCUGCUUGGAGUUUGCCAAAAGGCACUUAAAAGACUCUCAGACCAUGAGAAACAAGAUUCUCUGGUCUGAUGAAACCAAGAUUGAACUCUUUGGCCUGACACCAUCCCUACGGUGAAGCAUGGUGGGGGCAGCGUAAUGCUGUGGGGAUAUUUUUCAGCGGCAGGGACUGGGAGACUAGUCAGGAUCGAUGCAAAGAUGAACGGAGCAAAAUACAGAGAGCCUUGAUGAAAACCUGCUCCAGAGCUCUCAGGAUCUCAGAUUGGGGCUACGGUUCACCUUCCAACAUGACAACGACCCUAAGCACACAGCCAAGACAACGCAGGAGUGGCUUCAGGACAAGUCUCUGAAUGUCCUUGAGUGGCCCAGCCAAAGCCCGGACUUGAACCCGAUCGAGCAUCUCUGGAGAGACCUGAAAAUAGCUGUGCAGUGACGCUCCCCAUCCAACCUGACAGAGCUUGAGAGGAUCAGCAGAGAAGAAUGGGAGAAACUCCCCAAAUUCAGGUGUGUCAAGCUUGUAGCUUCUUACCCAAGAUGAUUCGAGGCUGUAAUCGCUGCCAAAGGUGCUUCAACAAAGGUCUGAGUAAAGGGCUGUAGGCUGUAACCUACCAAAAGUGUAUACUUUUAGAAGGCACUGUAGAUAAAUGGCUUCGUUGCCAGAAUCCCAUAAUAAUAAUAAUAAUAAUAAUAAUAAUAAUAAUAAUAUGCCAUUUAGCAGACGCUUUUAUCCAAAGCGACUUAGUCAUGUGUGCAUACAUUUUUACGUAUGGGUGGUCCCGGGGAUCGAACCCACUACCCUGGCGUUACAAGUGCCAUGCUCUACCAAUUGAGCUACAGAGGACCACAAGUAUCCCUUUAAAUGUAUUAUGAAAUAUGACCUUGAAAUUAUUUGAGCUUUUCAUUUGAAAUUGCGUAGCCAAAUAUUGAGACUUCAAUUGCCAAAACAUUGAAACCAUUUCAUUGUCUAACAACACAGAAUAAAACAAUUAAUAAGAGUCCCAUGACGGUAGUGACUGCCCGUUAUUGUGUGCUUAUCACCACGUCAUGUUUGUUGAUAACUGGGGUUGCAACAUUUCUGGAACUUUCUGAAAAUUGCCAGGUUUUCCAGAAAUCCUGGUUGGAGGAUUCUGGAUUCCAUGCAUAUUCCCUCCUGAUUAUAUAUAUAUCUUCCAACUGGGUUUUCUUUUAAACCUGGGAAAGUUACCGGAGUUUAGCAACCCUAUUGACAACUCAAUCAAAUAUUAACCCUGUUUGGAUGUUGAGUUGGUCACAGUUGACAAAAGACACGUGGGCCCUAAGGGUAUACAUUUAAGCAUUGCCAUGGAUUGACAACAUACCUUGUCUUGGACACAGACACUGAACAGAUACUUCACUGAGAACUCACCACAGAAGACAUUAAGUAUUGUGUUCUCCUGAUGAUGAUCCAUCUACUGAUGGUGCAACUGCCUCAAUUUGUAAAAGCAUUACAAGAAAAUGGGUGUGCAGCAGCUCCAGUAGUUGCCACAACAUAUUUAAACAGUUUGGAGAGGCUGAGAAACACGUCUAGUUAUGUUGCCAGAAGAUGUAAGGAAAUAAGGGACAGAUAUGAUCAACAUGAAGAUGGGCUGUACUACCUGACUACAACCAGCGGGACGGUCUACCAGACCUUCUGCGACAUGACCACCACUGGCGGCGGCUGGACUCUUCUGGCGAGCGUGCACGAGAACAACAUGUAUGGGAAGUGCACGAUGGGCGACCGUUGGUCCAGCCAGCAAGGCAGCAACCCCAACUGGCCAGACGGAGAUGGGAACUGGGCCAACAGGGCCAGUUUUGGAACCGCAGAGGGCGCCACCUCGGACGACUUCAAGAAUCCUGGGUAUUAUGACAUUGUGGCAGAAGACAUGUCGGUGUGGCACGUUCCCAACAACUCCCCUAUGGAACACUGGAACCUAGCCGCCAUCCUCCGCUACCACACUGAGAGACGCUUCCUUGCAGUCAAGGGGGAAAUCUGCAUCAACUCUUUAAGCUCUACCCAGUGAGAUAUAAUGCUGGGGCAAGUGGGACCACAGGACUUGUCAUUCCAAUCGUGUACGACUUUGGGGAUAAAGAAACCACAAUAACAUUUUACGGACCCAACACAAGAAACCAGUUUGAGCCUGGCUUCAUCACUUUCAGGCCAAUAAAUAAUGUACAGACAGCCAUGGCUAUCUGCUCUGGGGUCAAACCAACAAAUGGCGGCGACACUGAACAUUACUGUAUUGGUGGUGGUGGACAUUUCCCUGAGGCAGCGCCUCGUCAGUGUGGUGACUUCCCGGCCUUUGACUGGAAUGGCUAUGGAACCAACACAGUGUAUCAAAGGAGAUUACUGAAGCAGCUGUGUUACUCUUCUACCAUUAAAAUUCUUCCUAUUGAUUAUCAAUGCAAUAUAUUACUCUAAUUCGAUUAUUUAAAAAAAUAUAUAUUAUUAUCAAAUAUAUGUAAAGAUUAAUUUAGUUUAUACUGUUUGUAUAUAAUAGACAUAACAGAACUAGGAUUUGCAUUUGUUUAAUCUAUGAAUGCCUUAUCCCUGUAGUAAGAUGGAAUACAUCCAUCAUAGUUUCUUUGUUUUUAAAAUAGAAAGAGAUUAGUAUUAUAUCAUUUUGUGAAUAUGAAUGACUAAAAUAAAGACUACUCUGAAGGAGAAAUUGACAACAGUUGUGAUUUCAAUAUGUUUCAAUAUGCAUUGUCUGUAGGCAUGAAAGACAUGCCAAAGUUUAGAGUUCGGUGAACUUUACUGUGCGUUGUUCAGUGAGCUGUAGUACAUUGUCAAGUCACUACCUCUGUUCCCUGUAUAAUGUCAAUAUUGCAAUAAACAUAACAUGACAAAAAAACUAAAAAAGGUGUCCUGUAUUAUUCAAACGCAAUGUUUAUUUAACUGGCUACAACAAAUACAGGCACUGUACCUUCACAAAAGGAUGGUAUGUUUCUCUCAGUGGCCUGAAAAUAAUUUUAAAGUAAAAAAUUGUCAUGUGUGAUAGAUUUAUUUUCUCUCUCCCUCCCAGCCGACUACAGUACUAGUGAGAUGCUGGUGAACAUGGGCAACCUCCCCCUGGAUGAGUUCUACCCGGCGGUGGCCAUCGUGACGCUGAUGCGCAUCCUGCGUGACCCCUCCCUCUCUAACCACCACACCAUGGUGGUGCAGGCAGUCACCUUCAUCUUCAAGUCCCUGGGCCUCAAGUGUGUCCAGUUCCUGCCCCAGGUCAUGCCCACCUUCCUCAACGUCAUCCGCGUGUGUGACGCUAGCAUCCGAGAGGUAACUAGCUAGUUACUGCUAGCCGGGAACUUUGUUGUGUUUCAGGAUUUCUUCUUGUUGAUUGGCACUUGUGGCUGUUAAUUGUUGUGUAUUUCUUUGUUUUAGCUGAAAUUCUGUACUAUCGCUAGUUGUUUUGGGAAAUUAUGGAUUUUUAGAGGUAGCUAGGUAAAAGUCAGGGUAGCUGUAAAGUUAAAAAGGCUGUGCCAUACAUGUAAAGGUAACUAAAGAUAGAUCCUUUCCACUUCAGUGUUUUUACCUGCUUCUUUCCGAAGUUGUUUUGCACCAGGCCAUUUUUAUUACAACCACACGUUUUCAACUCCAUAAAUUCAACCUGGAUCACGCUGUCAGGGGUUUGAAAUCGGGAUUCGAGAUGCAUGUAGCUAAAGCAUUGACCCACGACCAGAUAGUUUUGCUUACACCUGUUAUUUUCUCUACCUCUCUUUCAGUUUCUCUUCCAGCAGAUGGGGAUGGUCGUGUGCUUUGUAAAAAUCCACAUCCGCCCCUACAUGGAUGACAUCUUCACACUCAUCAGAGUGAGUUGCCUCUUCAAAAACAAGGCCCCUUUUCUUUCUCUCUUUUUUCCACUGGCUCAGAAACAGCUGCAAACUCUUAAUUGUGUACAUUUCUCUCUCGACUUUCCUCUUUGGCGCUAAUGCGUAAGGGGAAAUGUGACUUGAGCGUGACUCUCUUACUGGCAUGAAGCCUGUUUGUCCAUCUAGAAUGAAAGAGUUGCACCAUUAAAAGCUGUUUGUUAUGGAGAAACUAUUUUGUUUGUAUAAAUGUUGUUCAGAAAUAAGUAUUUGGUAGUUUUCUCACAGUAUUUAUUUUACAUUAAGUAUUGCAAUAUUUUAUUAAACUGCUCCACUCUACAGUGUCAUUCCCUCCAAUUGACUGAACUUCAAUAGUGCGAAGAAAAAAGUACAUGUGGAAAGUCCUACUGUGAAAGCAACUGUUAACCUACGAGCCCAUUCAUUCCAUCCCGUUUGAGUAGGUUAUUUUUUUUGUGGGGGGGAUGAUUAUUAUGGGUUAAAAAAACACUCCAGGCCACUCUUGAACGUCUAAAACUAGAUAGAAAAUAUGUAGAAAUUAUAAUGGACCUAUAUAUUUUCAAAUAACUGCCAUUUUUCUCAGUUGAAUUUCGAAAAUUCCAACGGUCUAGCAGUACAUACUCAUAUAGCCAGGAACAAAAUAUAAAAUGUCCAUUAUUUACUGGAAUCAAAAUAACAUUCUGAAUCAGCAGUCAGUAACUUCUCCGGGAAACUGGGCCAUUGCACAUUUUAGCUGGAGUUAAUAAAUGGUGAGUAAAACAAAGGGCUCUAUUCAUUGUAGUAACUGUCUACCUCAUGCGUCCAGAUGAGGGGCUGGAAUAGCCAUUCGGGACUUCGGGAGGUGAAAUCACAUCAUCUGCUGUAGGAAUAGCAGCCCUAACUUAGGCUAGUUCCAGUCAGAGCAGGAAAGCGGGGGUUGGAACACUGGCCACUCGCAAAAUGCCUCUAUGAGCAUUCAUAGCUUAAGGAUAUUGGCCCUUCAAUGUAUUGCGUGACUACAUUCCUUUACACCCCCAUUAUCUCCCAAUCACCAGUGGCUGUGACAGAUCUUAAGCCCUGUUUUUCAUAAUGGUGGCGGAGUCAUUUUGAGGAAGGAUGUCGAGUUGAUUGACAGGAAAUUGGCAUCCCGCCACUGGCACGUGAGGACGUCGCAUUGCAUAGAGGAGGAAUCUCCUUCUAAAUCUUCCAUCUCACUGAUGGAAACACCAUUUGACCCAGUUACCCCAGUGCCAGACCCUCACAUCUCUCCUAAUGUAUGGCAAUGGGACCGCAUGAGGUAGUGCUUGGUCGCUAGCACUUUGGCCGUACCAUCCAAAGCUCUUAAAAACCUGUACAAACCAUAAAAAGGCCAAAACAUAAGGACCUGGACUCAUUAUUUAGGAAAAACAAAUUUCUCAAUACGGGGGUAAUGUCCCUCCAUGGCUUAAGGGUGGAAUCCUAACUUGAGAACCGUCUCCAUUGGCGUCAAUGAAGGAUUUACGCCGAAGCUGUGCACUCAGAUCUCAAGUCAGAAUAAUGCUUUACAUUUUACAUAUGAGUCAUUUAGCAGACACUCUUAUCCAGAGCAAGUUACAAUCAGUGUAUUAAACUAAGGGAGGUAUAACCACCACAUAUCACAGUCAUUGCAAGUAACCACGUGUAUUAUUAUCAUUCCAUAGGAGUACUGGACACCUAACAACCCCAUGCAGAACACCAUCAUCCUGCUGAUUGAACAGAUCGUGGUGGCCCUGGGUGGGGAGUUCAAGCUCUACCUGCCGCAGCUCAUCCCACACAUGCUGCGUGUCUUCAUGCACGAUAUGAGCAUGGGCCGCGGGGUCACCAUCAAGGUAAGGUCGUGAGGAUGAUGUCAUCCUUUCUCAGGACCUACUUCCACACACGUCUGGGGGUUUGUUAGUACUCGUUUUGGUCAGAAUUAGACCUUUUCCAAGAGAGUGUCAGCAGGCAGAACUGGUUGAAAUGACAUCAUUUACCUCUGCACUUCUAUAUCGUUCCAGUUAUUUUUGCCAUUGUCCUAGCGAGCAAUGACAUAAAUAUCUGGACUGACAUAGACCUACAGAGGUCACUUUUAUCAUUUUGGACUAUGUAGUGUGUUUUAUGUUCUCAGCACCACUUAGAGGAAAUGUGCCGAUGCGCUUGUUAAAACAGUAUUUGUUCAAAAAGUAUUUUCCUGUAACCAGUGACUACCACAUCAACACACAUUGUAAUUGUACACCGUAAGUCAUGGUUAGUCAAAUAUAUGAGGACUUGAGGAACCGUUAUAUAAAUUAAAUCAUUUAUCGGUUCUUUAAAAUCAUAAUCUACUGCACUACUGCCACAACAUGGCCCCUUCAAAGUCCAGUUUACUUCCUGUUCUUCUAGGUACCAUUUGUUUGUGGUUGCCAUCAAAACUCACCCCAUGACCCUUUUUUAGUCUAGCCAAAGCAUAAUCACUACAACAACCCAGCCAACGAAGCAUAGCUGGUACUCUCUCAUAUUUCACCGAUUAGCUAUGACACCGAUAUGGGUUUUCCUCAAAGUAAAUCUUGGGGGUGAAAAUAGACCACAGGGCAACAUCGCACUCUAACUAACCCACCACAGUUAUUCAACCUCUCUCCGGUGUAGCGGGUAUCUUGUUUCUCUAAGGCAACGAUGGGAUAUUAGAUAACCAGAAGCACACAGCUAGCUUCAACCUCCUACAGUAUGUCUGGAUAUGGUCUAUAGAACCCAAGUUCUAGGUUAUGGCCCAAAUGGCACCCUAUUUCCUUUAUACUGCACUACUUUUGACCAGAGCCAAUAGGGGGUCUCAGGUCAAAAGUAGUGCAGUAUAUAGGGAAUAGGGUGCCAUUUGGAAGGCAGCCCUGGUCUAACCUCUAUGUAUUACCAGAGGGUCACAGUAGAGACAUGAAGAAUCAGGUUACCUUCCAGUCCAGGUAGAGAAAAGAAAACAGAACUCCAUCAUUCGCGGGAGCUGUUCAGUCUAGCUCCCAACUUCCUGUAGUCUCGCCAAGGCAAUUAAGAAGGGGGUCUUACAGUCAAUGGUGUAGGCUAUACGUCAUCCACACCUGACACGUACACACACACACACACAGACAUUCUUGCUGCCCCCUCGCAUUCAGUAAUUAUGUACUGGAAAAUUGGUUAGUUACACAGAAAACAUCCACCCACUUUACUGCGCUGAAAUCCAUGGCAAGAGUGUGGUGUUGGAACCAGUGUGCUCUUAUGAAGCAAGUAGGAGGGCCAGGAGUAUCAAAAAGGACAUUGUUCUGUAGCCUUAGCUCACAAUGACUAAGAACCUCUUUUGAAAGACAUGGAUGUUGGCAUUGGCACUCACUUUUCAUGAACAAUACCAUACACAUUGCAUAUGUAAAAUGCAAACAUACAAUUGACUUUGCUGAUGCGAAAGUUCCUCAAUACCUCUUGUCUUGUUAUACUUUUUGACCAUCCAACCAGUAUAAGGAUGCAUACUAUCUGCUCCUCCAUUUGGUGGUAUACCAGUCUCUCCUAUUAGGUUUACCAUCAGGGCUGUAUCUUGUCUUUGAUCUAUUUCUUAGAUUGCCUGUUUUAUCUCUGUAUUGACUAUAUUGUAUCUUCAGCUCCUCAAUGCCAUUCAGCUGUUUGGUGCUAACCUGGACGACUACCUCCACCUGUUGCUGCCUCCCAUCGUCAAGCUGUUUGAUGCCCCGGAUGUACCCCUACAGGCCCGCAAGUGAGUUCAACACACAUCUCCCACACACUUGGUUAUAGAGCACAUGCACUGUAAAGUACAUUUUGAGAGUUUAUGAAUUGACACACAGGUCACUGAGUCACAUGAGUAUAUUCACUCCCAUGUUAAAUGUUCUUCCCCAUCUCCUCCCAAUUGGUAAUAUUACAUUAAUGAGUAGUGAAGAAAUGGGGCCCACUUUCCAAGAUACAAAGUGCCAGCAUCUUACGUUUAUUGUCUGGGUGUCAUGGAAGAAAUGUGUUCAUAAAUAAAGGGCUCCCAUUUCGAUUUCCUAGCAUUUGGAGCGAGACGGCCCUUUCUCGGCCACGCUCUCCCAGUGCACUUUGGUAGCUGAGCUUUUUUCUAUGUGUUGUUUAUCUGUGUUUCCCUCACCCUUCAGGGUUGCUUUGGAGACGCUAGACAGGCUGACGGAGUCCCUGGACUUCACGGACUACGCGUCGCGCAUCAUUCACCCCAUAGUACGCGCGCUGGACAACACCCCCGAGCUACGCAUCACAGCCAUGGACACGCUGUCCUCGCUCGUUUUCCAGCUGGGCAAGAAGGUACCUCGUUAUUAGUUACCGUACCCCCAGGGCCCUCGUAGAACCGCAAACAGGAGCUGACACACACAUGCACGCACAUGCACACACACAGACACAGACACACACACACACAUCCCAGGACCAUACGUUUCUCUUCAAGUUUCUCUCCUGUACCUGUGGUUUUUACUACUUCCUGCGGGUCGGUGAUGUCAUCACAUGGUGCCGCAGUUGGGACCGUUACUGUUUACGAGAGUCGAUGAGGUCACCCCCCUUAGCCCCACCCAAACCUUAGAAACUAGACCACAUGCAGGGAAGUCUGGCCCCGAUUUGAAAAGCAGCAGCUUUUGAUCCAACCAUCAAACCAGGGGCAACGGAGGUUAGAUACAGAUGGCAUCGCCAGUCUGUCGUUAGUGUUAUGGCCAGAGGGGAUGGAGGUGAACAGAUUAAAUGCAUAAACCACCACAUAGCCUACACUCUUUUAUUUACUCUCUCUCCUCUCUUUCUCUACUUUUCCCGGCUUCAGUACCAGAUCUUUAUCCCCAUGGUGAACAAAGUGAUGUUGAAGCACAGGAUCAAUCACCAGCGCUAUGACGUGCUCAUAUGUCGGAUCGUCAAGGUCUGUUUUGUUCUCCUCGCAACAUGUUUGGCCUUAACCUGUAUGUGUGUGUGUGUAUGUACACUACUGGUCAAAAGUUUUAGAGCAGCUACUCAUUCAAGGGGCUUUCUUUAUUUUCACUAUUUUCUACAUUGUAGAAUAAUAGUGAAGACAUCAAAACUAUGAAAUAACAUAUAUGGAAUCAUGUAGUAACCAAAAAAGUGUUAAACAAAUCAACAUAUAUUUUAUAUUUGACAUUCUUCAAAUAGCCACCCUUUGCCUUGAUUACAGCUUUGUUUUGAUGUCUUCACUAUUAUUCUACAAUGUAGAAAAUAGUAAAAAUAAAGAAAAACCCUUGAAAGAGUAGGUGUUCUAAAACUUUUGACCGGUAGUGUAUAUAUUUAUAAUUUUUCAAAAAAAUAGAAAUACCUUAUUUACAUAAAUAUUUAGACCCUUUGCUAUGAGACUCGAAAUUGAGCUCAGGUGCAUCCUGUUUCCAUUGAUCAUCCUUGAGAUGUUUCUCCAUCUGUGGUAAAUUCAAUGGAUUGGACAUGAUUUGGAAAGGCACACACCUGUCUUUAUAAGUUCUCACAGUUGACAGUACAUGUCAGUGCAAAAACCAAGCCAUGAGGUCGAAGGAAUUGUCCGUAGAGCUCCGAGACAGGAUUAUGUCGAGGCACAGAUCUGGGGAACGGUACCAACACAUUUCUGCAGCAUUGCAGGUCCCCAAGGACACAGUGGCCUCCAUCAUUCUUAAAUGGAAGAAGUUUGGAACCCCCAAGACUCUUCCGAAAGCUGGCCGACCGGCCAAACUGAGCAAUCGGGGGAGAAGGGCCUUGGUCAGGGAGGUGACCAAGAACCCAAUGGUCACUCUGACAGAGCUCCAGAGUUCCUCUGUGGAGAUGGGAGAACCUUCCAGAAGGACAACCAUCUCUGCAGCACUCCACCAAUCAGGCCUUUAUGGUAGGGUGGCCAGACAGAAGCCACUCCUCAGUAAAAGGCACAUGACAGCUCGCUUGGAGUUUGCCAAAAGGCACCUAAAGGACUCUCAGACCAUGAGAAACAAGAUUAUCUGGUCUGAUGAAACCACGAUUGAACUCUUUGGUCUGAAUGCCAAGCGUCACGUCUGGAGGAAACCUGGCACCAUCCCUACGGUGAAGCAUGGUGCUGUGGGGAUGUUUGUCAGCGGCAGGGACUGGGAGACUAGUCAGGAUCGAGGAAAAUAUGAACGGAGCAAAGUACAGAGAUUCUUGCUGAAAACCUGCUCCAGAGCACUCAGGAACUCAGACUGGGGAGAAUGUUCACCUUCCAACAGGACAGCAACCCUAAGCACACAGCCAAGACAACGCAGGAGUGGCUUUGGGACAAGUCUCUGAAUAUCCUUGAGUGGCCCAGCCAGGGUCCGGACUUGAACCUGAUCGAACAUCUCUGGAGAGACCUGAAAAUAGCUUUGCAGCGAUGCUCCCCAUCCAACUUGACAGGGCUUGAGAGGAUCUGUAGAGAAGAAUGGGAGAAACUCCCCAAAUACAGGUGUGCCAAGCUUGUAGCGUCAUACCCAAGAAGACUUGAGGCUGUAAUCGCUGCCAAAGGUGCUUCAACAAAGUACUGAAUAAAGGGUCUGAAUACUUAUGCAAAUGUGAUAUUUCAGUUUAAUUGUUUUAUAUAAAUUAGCAAAUAUUUCAAAAAAACGUUUUUUGCUUUGUCAUAAUGGGGUAUUGUGUGUAGAUUGAUGAGGGGAAACUAUUUAAUCCAUUUUAGAAGAAGGUUGUAACGUAACAAAAUGUGGAAAAAGUCAAGGGAUCUUCCCGAAUGCACUGUAUAUACACUACCGGUCAAAAGUUGGUAACUAAUGAACUUAUCCUGGACUGAGUAGGUGUUCUAAAACGUUUGACCGGUAGUGUAUAUAUAAUAGUGAGGCAACAUAUGGAGCAAUAUGCAAAAAUCAGAGAAUACUCUGAAAACGAUGAUCCUAUCGUGUGGUAGUAGUCCUGAGUCCAACUCUCGCACAUUGUCAGCACGUGCCAUGAAAUGUGUUGAGAAUAGAGAGGAGGCAGUCUUUGUGAGGAACACACGAAGGCACGUUUGAACAAUUAGAAUUCCAAGCCGACGGUGUAAUAGAAGAAUAUUCAUCGAGGCACGUUGCUUGUCAACAGUGUGCUUCUCUUCAGGAAGGAAAUGCAAUUAGUGUGGACAACGCAUGUUUAGAAGCCCUGAUGUGUGUGUGUUUUGUGUGUCAUGGUAACCAUGUUUAUCUCAGGGGUACACUUUGGCGGAGGAGGAAGAGGAUCCUUUAAUCUUCCAGCAUCGACAGCUGCGCAGUAACCAGGGUGACGUCGGUAGCGGCCCGGCGGAGGCGGGGCCAAUGAAGAAGCUCCACGUCAGCACCACAGCCCUGCAGAAGGUCAGGAUAAAUAACUUGGCAUUUCACUUCCUGCACUGUGUGUUGUCUUAUUUCAAGUAAUACAUUAGUUUUUGUCCUCAAACAGGUAGUGCUUUUGGUUUUAGAGACUCGUUAUGAAAUCACUUCAUGGUCCAUUGAUUGUGAUUUUUCAAACAAAGGGUCUGUUAUGGUGGAUAUAUAAAUGUUUUUCCUUUGACAGUGUGCUCUGUUUUCAUCCAAUACACUUCACCAGGCAUUAAGUCAAGUGUGUUACUGAUAUAAUCGCCAAUUUUCCCUUUCUAUAAGAUGCCAAUGGCCAACAAUUUGAACUACCUUUGCCUCUGCGCGUCUAAUCAUUCUAACACAUAGUGCCAGACACUGACCUGUCAGAUCUGCUGAUGGAGACGUCUUCCAUCUUCCCUCACCAACUGUUGCCAUAUGAAGUGCAUUAACGUGAUUUCCUUAAAUUUUUCCUGGUGACCACAGGCCUGGGGCGCCGCUCGGAAGGUGUCCAAGGACGACUGGCUGGAGUGGCUGAGGCGCCUGAGCGUGGUCCUGCUGAAGGAGUCGUCCUCCCCUGCCCUGCGCUCGUGCUGGUCUCUGGCCCAAACCUACAUUCCCCUCGCCAGGUAUAGCUAUCCGCUUUCCUUCCUUCCUUCCCUCCCUCUAUCUCUCCAUCCAUCCCUCUCUUCCACGUUCCACCACACUUCAGAGCACCAGGCAGUCAACCCGUUUUUUCCCACAGAGGUCCUCAGUAAACCGCAGAGGUCCUCAUAAGUGUCAAGUUGCAGUUUAGUUUGAAUCAAAAUACCCUCUUUUCCACUCUUAAACCAGAUCAUGUUUUGUUUUGCUGCGAUAACUUGGGCAUGCCUUGGUGUGGCAUCCAUGGGCUGUUUUUAUUUUCUGAAGCCUAAACAAUAUAAUGUGGUCUUUUAACAGAUGCUUUCUUUCAAAGCGACAUACAAUUGUCCAAAGGUGCUUAACAACCGCAUUCCGUGAACAUUUAGAAAUGGUUUAACUAAAAGAAACCUAUAAGCAAUUGUCCAAUUUGAAAGAAGUCCCUUUUUUUCUAUAAACCCCCCUAAAAACCCUAUGAAUAGAACGUAUAAUUAUUAUGAUGAACUAAUGAACUUAUGGUCCUUCAAACUGACUGUGAUUUAAUACCUGUUGCAGUUGUUAACACACAAAAAGACAAACAGGAGGCCUAUAUCUUGCCCUGAAGACUUGAAUUAUAUACAAAUGAAUUAUAUACAAAAAUAUAUGCAGAGGUCGAGCAUAUCAGCAUGUACAGUUACUGUUGUUAAGCUGUUGUUAACUUUCCCAUCCAUUGUCAGGGACCUGUUCAACGCAGCCUUUCUGUCAUGCUGGUCUGAGCUGAGUGAGGAUCAGCAAGAUGAGCUGAUCCGCAGUAUUGAACUGGCCCUCACCUCCCAGGACAUCGCCGAGGUCACCCAGACCCUGCUAAACCUGGCUGAGUUCAUGGAGCACAGCGACAAGGUGGGUUCAUACUCGGAGCAGAGGUCUUCGUUCUCCGAACUAUAGCAGAGGUCUUCAGCUCCAGUCCUGGAGAGAACUACUUGGUGUGCAGGCUUUCGUUCCAGCCCAGCAGUGACACACCUGAUUUCAAAUAAUCAACUCAUCACUAUCCUCAGUCUGGGUAUUUAUUAGCUGAAUCAUGUGUGGUGAUGGCUGGAAUAAAGGCCUACACACCCCAUAGUUGGAGAACCUUGGUUUAGAGCUAUGCCACGGCAUCCAUCCUUCCAUCAAUCCACCCAUCUAAUGAAUGUCCUGUGUCUUUUAAGGGUCCUCUGCCUCUGAGAGACGACAAUGGCAUUGUUCUGCUGGGUGAGAGGGCUGCCAAAUGCCGUGCCUACGCCAAGGCCCUCCACUACAAAGAGCUGGAGUUCCAGAAGGGCGCCUCUCCUCUCAUCCUAGAGUCCCUCAUC